AUGAGUCAGUUCUCUCAUAUUGUUGAUGGCUUGGCUAAUAUGAGUCAGUUUUCUUAUAUUGUUGAUGGCUUGGCUAAUAUGAGUCAGUUCUCUUAUAUUGUUGAUGGCUUGGCUAAUAUGAGUCAGUUUUCUCAUAUUGUUGAGGGCCUGGCUAAUAUGAGUCAGUUCUCUCAUAUUGUUGAUGGCUUGGCUAAUAUGAGUCAGUUUUCUUAUAUUGUUGAGGGCCUGGCUAAUAUGAGUCAGUUCUCUCAUAUUGUUGAUGGCUUGGCUAAUAUGAGUCAGUUUUCUUAUAUAGUUGAGAGCCUGGCCACCUACAUACAUGUAGAUAUAAGGAAGUAUAUCAAGCCUCGUGUAUUGGUCAACGUGAAAACGAAAAUGAGUUUACCCCUGGAAGCAAAGAAACUACACGCAGAACUUAUCAAUGAACUCAGUGGACACUUGCAUCCAAGUUUGGAACUGGAAUAUGACAAGUUUUUAAACUCCCUUUCAGUUUACCUCAGUCCUGUUGAGAGACAUAAAACUGCAAGCCUCUUUCAAGUGUUAGAAAAUCUAACAAGAAAGGGAAAAUUUGGUGUGGGCAAUUACAGUGUACUGAAGUCACUUACGACUAAUCCAGAAAUUUUAUCAGUUAUACAUAAAUUUGAGCAAAAAAUCUAUGAAAUUCUACAUCCAGAUAUGUCCAAAAGUGUCAAUGAAACAGACAAUCCAGCUGACAGACUUCAACUGACAGAGCAGGACCUUCAGCGUCUGGCCCCAUGCUUUGGCAAUGGUUGGCAGAUGUUUGUUGGGCAGCUGGGAGUUGAUAGUGCCACAGUGGAGCAGAAGCAGAUGGAAAAUUCUACUCAUGUUCCUAGCCAAGUGUUCCACUGUCUACUUGUUUGGUACAGGCGGUGUCCCAAAGAAGCUACCAUCACAAAGUUUGACCACAUUUUACACAAUAGUCUUGACAUGUGCACAAUUAACAUGGACAAAUAUGAAAGUUUGAAAAAAGAAAUAGAGAAUGGACAAAGAUAGAACCACUUUAAAAAUUAUGUAGAAAAUUGUACAAAGUCAGGUUGGCUGGUGGAAAUAUAUUCUGUAAGUCCAUUACAAUACACACACCCUUCCAUAGCAAAGUAAAAUGAAGGAGUGAUUUCCAAGUUCACUGGCAGCAGCCAUUGCUUAAUAAUUGUAUAUUUUCAAGGGAAGGGAUGCCAAUGAAGAUGUGUGGAGAACAGCAUAAGAUGAAAACAUUAGCUAACGAUUAAUCAUGACUAAUGAGAUAAAUAUGUGUACCUGUAGAUUAAAUAAUAACUGUCAAAUUGGAAUGCCACGAAGAAAGUAUAACUUCAUAUCUUUGAAAACCUGUUUAUUUUAGGAAUCUUGGUGCCCAUCACUGUUUGAUCUCUCCCUCCAUCCCCCUCCCCCAACUUUUUUUUGGCACUUCAUCAUCAGAUGGUGGACUAUUAAAGAUGGCCUAUAUUUGUAAUCUGUCCAUCUGUAAACAAUUCUUAUCACUAUUUCUUGAGAAAUACCCGAUAGCUCAAUCAAAGCCUUUAUAUGUAGGUUUCCCUUGGUCUGUAGUUAAGCCCUUUUGAUUCUAAAAAUGAGUCAAAAAAAAAAAAAAAAAAAAAUGACUG